UCUAGGAAAUGCAAAACCGGAUAUAAGCAAAGAUGGCGGUAUUUCCGACGUGGUUGUUUUUGUGAACUGUUGUAGUUUGUCAUUUGGUGUUAAUACGUCCAUUUUUCUCUUCCAGUUGACAAGACAGCAGCACAGUCUGUGUGUUAGAGUGCGUGGCGGUGUUUGUUAACUGAUUUAAACGGUCAGCAGCGAGACUAACGGUUUUUAACGGUCAGCAGUAACUGACAGCAGCGGGACUCGGGGGAUACAGCUACGGCAACGACAGGCCGACAUGAAGGGAGCUUUGACCCCGGUCCAGACGCUGAGCGCCCACCCGGACUCCCGGUGCUGGUUCGUCAGCUGGAACCCGACCGGGACGCUGCUGGCCUCCUGUGGGGGGGACAAGGCUAUCCGGAUCUGGGGGCGAGAGGGUGACUCUUGGAUCUGUAAGAGCGUUCUUCAGGACGGACACCAGCGCACCGUGAGGAAGGUGGCGUGGUCUCCCUGCGGGAACUAUCUGGCCUCCGCCAGCUUCGACGCCACCACGUGCAUCUGGAAAAAGAAGAACGAUGAUUUUGAGAGUUUGACGGUGUUGGAGGGACAUGAAAACGAGGUCAAGUGUGUGGCGUGGGCGCCUUCGGGGAAUCUGCUGGCGACGUGCAGCCGAGACAAGAGCGUCUGGGUGUGGGAAGUGGACGAGGAGGACGAGUACGAGUGCGUUACCGUCGUAAACGCUCACACGCAAGACGUCAAGCACAUCGUGUGGCACCCGACCCAGGAGCUCUUGGCUUCAGCCAGCUACGACAACAACGUUUGUAUUUACAAGGAGGAGGACGACGACUGGGAGUGCCGGGCCACUCUGACGGGACACACGUCCACGGUUUGGAGUCUGGCGUUUGACGCGGCGGGAGAGAGGCUGGCGUCCUGCAGCGACGACCGCACCGUCAAGAUCUGGAAGGAGAGUCCCAGUGAGAGUGGACAGGGAGACUUGUCGUGGAAGUGUGUUUGCACGCUGUCUGGCUACCAUGGACGAACCGUGUACGAUGUGGCCUGGUGUCGGCUGACCGGCGCCCUGGCCACAGCGUGCGGCGACGACAGCGUGCGAGUGUUUAAGGAGGACGAGACGGCCGACCCCGAGCAGCCGGUGUUCUCGCUGGCGGCGCAGGCGGCCAGAGCUCACAGCCAGGACGUCAACUGCGUCGCCUGGAACCCCACGGAGGCGGGACUGCUGGCGUCCUGCAGCGACGACGGAGACAUCGCCAUCUGGAGGUUUCAGCAGGAAAAGUGAACGCUGAGCAGCACAGCCUCAAGUUACACA